GAAAAAAAUUCUUUGCGGAACGUUAUAUAAUCGGAUCUGUACUUGGAGUCCGCUGAUGAAGACACAUUUUAAUGACAGGUGCCGACCGGUCCUCUCUUUCCCUUUUUUUUUCUUCUGGUUUGUUACAAAUUAUGAAACAUGUUAAUGCAUCGCUACUGUUAUUUAAAAAAUUACAAAUGAUAAAAUCUUGAUUAAAAUGGACUAACAUGAUUAAGGCUGAAGAAAGAAAGAAAUUGAACGACUCUUCUCAGGCUACUUUAUAUGUCAGAUUACAUCAGCCUGAGUGAAAUGGACGUCUUGCACACUGAUUAGUGUCCUCCACCAGAUGGAGAUCUUGUUGUAUAGUUAUUUCAAAGGAAGGUUUUAUCUAGCUGCAUUUCAUUUCCUGGAUUGCCCAUCGCUGUUUGAAGACAACAACUCAUCUGCUGUGCCUGGAUGCGCAUUUUGAUCACGAUGACCCACCCAAUGGAGGAUUUUUUCCAUCCUCGGCCAAAAAGUAGCCCGGGCAUACACACCCAGGAAAGCGGUGAUGCUGGCCUCUCUUCAAACAUGAAGCACAGGUUUAGUGAUAAGUACGAUGAAAAUGCUUUGCCUGUGGCAGCUAAAGGUAGCUUCGUGAUAACCAUUUCUAAAGAGGAACGGGACAUUAGUGAGAGCCCUGGGAUAGCAGGGGAGUUCGUGCCCCACCCAUCGGUCUUGGGACAUUCUGCUGCCUCAAAUUCAGAGAUCAUUUCCUUGUUGGGCCACACAAAGCCUGAAUCAUACCCUGAGACUGCUGAAGUUUUAUUAAAUCCCUCUACUCCGGCUGUAGUUCCAAAGAAAAACUUUUCACCACGAGCCACUCUGAAAGCCCUAUCAGGGGAAGGCCGAGAAGAGGGACCUGUAAACACUAUACCGAAAACGACAACCAUUAAGGGGGGAGAGCUGGAUGUAAUGGUGGAUGGAGGAAAUAAUUACAUAAUGAGCAAUGAGACGGAAAAUGGAGGAAACCCUGUUGAACCAAGAGACCCCUCACUGGUUCUUGAAGAAGUGAGAAACAGCAGCCACCCAUGGUUAAGAGCUGCAGGGAAGAACUGGAAAGUGUACCUUCUGGCGGUUGCAUCCAUUCUAUUCACUAUUCCUGCUUCUGAGUGCUUUGCUGCCGCAGUUCAGUGCUAUACCUGCAUGGAAAAGGAGAAAUGCCCAAAUUUGAUGUCCAUAUAUGACCAUAAUGACACUCAUCUGUACGCUAGAGACCCCAAUCAAACACUUCCAGAAUGCCCUACAAUCUCUUCCCCUGCUCAUAAGACAUGUAAUGUGUGCCGUUUCCAAGCCAACGUCGUCAUCGCUUGUUCAGAGGACGUAGGAAAAUUGGAGGUGGAAGCUAGUGAUGGAUCACAGAUUCUAAACAUCUCACCUGUCUGUGAACAGCCGCCCAAUGGCUGUGGACAUACUGCAUUGAUUCCCAGUGGUGGUUUCUUUUUGAUAUUGGUCACAGCACUUGUGAUUAGAGUAAGUGUGAGUCAAUAUGGUCACUGAUCACACAACUUCCAACAUGUUCAUUUGAAAAAAAGUUUUCCGUAUGAGUCCUGAAUGAGCCUGUUUAUCAUUAUCAUCGCUGUAAACAAUUCUAGUACAAAAUCAUUCAUACUUACUGAAACAGGGUUUAUAAAAAGUCUCAGGCUAACUUGAAUCUUAACUGAUGUAAAUUAUUAGUUUCAAAUACCAAUUCCAAAAAAUACAGGAGUGGACCAGUGGUCCAAUAUUUUUAAUUAAAUAGAUUCACACUUGACACACUUUUUUCUCUCUUGUUCAUUUGAAACAGGAUUAAAAAUGGUCAAGAAUGAAGAACACGGCAUGAUCAAAAAGAAGACAGCACAGGCCAUUCUUUUGCCAAGCCAUUUUUACUCAGAUCUAAUCAAGUGCUUUUCAUUUUCAUUGCCAAAAUAACUGGUAAUCAAUCAAAUUUUCUUCAUAAAUGGCCCAAUGAGCAUGUGUACCUAUUGUC